CGCCUCGUCGGGAAUGGCACUGGAGAAGGUGCUGCCAGAGUUGCUCUGUGUGAUGGAGGACUGGCCAUUGCACAGCUCAUCCACCUCUGACGGGGACAACACGCCUGUCUUUGCUCUGGCUGCAACCAGGGUGAUCUGGGAGAUCCUCCAGAUGAUCUGGUGCCCAGUGCCAUUGAUGGAGUACUCCCCUCAUCUCCUCGUGGCUCUGCUCUUCCAAAUUCUUGUCAGCACAGAGCAGAUGCCAGAGGAGGUUGACGCCUUCUGGAGGGGGUGCCAGGAGCAACACAACCUUCCCACCAAGCCCAGCAGGUUUGCAGUGGUGACCAUGAAGGCCCUGCUUUGCCAUCUCAAAUGUGAGGAUGUGGUGGUUUUGAUGGAACGCAAGCGUGGCUGGGACACGCUCCUCAGGCCUGACACCCACCACUACGCAGUGGGUCUGCUGGCCAGGGAGUUGCGCCGUGUCUCCAGCCCCUUGUGUUCCUGGAUCACACUCCACCUGCUGGAGCUGCAGG